UCCCCGCGCCCGCCACUUCAGCGGGGCCCGCGCCGCGGCCGCAGGCGGAGCAGCCGGCGCAGGUCCGGUGCCCCGCGUCCGCGCUCCUUGGCUCCGAGGCGGUCGAUGGGACGGAGCUCCGCGGAGCAGGAGGCGGCGCCCGUCGGGGGGCUGGGGCCGCGCGGGAGCCCGCCGGGAGGCUUGGGCAUGGCGGGCCGCAGGACCUGAGCCCUGCCCCGCGGGGAGCAGCCUGGUGGCGGGCGAUGGGGACGGAGCGGGGCUGCCGCCGCGCCAAGCCGUGAGCGCCGCGCUUCCGCCGCCGCCGCCGCCGCCGCCUCGUCGCUGCCUCGGCCCCUCGCGAAGCGCCGGGCCGCUCGGGAACAUGGCCCUGGAGCAGCUCUGCUCGGUCCUCAAAGUGUUGUUAAUAACAGUACUUGUAGUGGAAGGGAUUGCUGUGGCCCAAAAGACCCAAGAUGGACAAAAUAUCGGAAUCAAGCACAUUCCUGCAACCCAGUGUGGCAUUUGGGUUCGAACCAGCAAUGGAGGUCAUUUUGCUUCACCAAAUUACCCUGACUCAUAUCCACCAAACAAGGAAUGUAUCUACAUUUUGGAAGCUGCUCCACGUCAAAGAAUAGAGUUGACCUUUGAUGAACAUUAUUAUAUAGAACCAUCAUUUGAAUGUCGAUUUGAUCACUUGGAAGUUCGAGAUGGGCCGUUUGGUUUCUCUCCACUCAUAGAUCGUUACUGUGGUGUGAAAAGCCCUCCAUUAAUUAGAUCAACAGGGAGAUUCAUGUGGAUUAAGUUUAGUUCUGAUGAAGAACUUGAAGGACUGGGAUUUCGAGCAAAAUACUCGUUUAUUCCAGAUCCAGACUUUACUUACCUAGGAGGUAUUUUAAAUCCCAUCCCAGAUUGCCAGUUUGAGCUGUCAGGAGCUGACGGAAUAGUGCGUUCUAGUCAGGUAGAACAAGAGGAGAAAACAAAACCCGGCCAAGCAGUUGAUUGCAUAUGGACGAUUAAAGCUACUCCAAAAGCUAAGAUUUAUUUGAGGUUCCUAGAUUAUCAAAUGGAGCACUCAAAUGAAUGCAAGAGAAACUUCGUUGCAGUCUACGAUGGGAGCAGCUCUAUUGAAAAUCUGAAGGCCAAGUUUUGCAGCACUGUGGCCAAUGAUGUAAUGCUUAAAACAGGAGUUGGGGUGAUACGGAUGUGGGCAGAUGAAGGUAGUCGGCUUAGCAGGUUCAGAAUGCUCUUUACUUCCUUUGUGGAGCCUCCCUGCACAGGCAGCACUUUUUUUUGCCACAGCAACAUGUGCAUCAAUAAUUCUUUAGUCUGUAAUGGGGUCCAAAACUGUGCAUACCCUUGGGAUGAAAAUCAUUGUAAAGAAAAGAAAAAAGCAGGAGUGUUUGAACAAAUCACUAAAACUCACGGAACAAUUAUCGGCAUUACAUCAGGGAUUGUCUUGGUCCUCCUCAUUAUUUCUAUUUUAGUACAAGUGAAACAGCCUCGAAAAAAGGUCAUGGCUUGCAAAACUGCUUUUAAUAAAACUGGAUUUCAAGAAGUGUUUGACCCUCCGCAUUAUGAACUGUUUUCACUGAGAGACAAAGAGAUGUCUGCAGACCUGGCCGACCUGUCGGAGGAACUGGACAGCUACCAGAAGGCGCGGCGCUCCUCCACCGCCUCGCGGUGCGUCCACGACCAUCACUGUGGGUCGCAAGCAGCCAGCGUCAAACAGAGCAGGACCAACCUCAGUUCCAUGGAACUGCCUUUCCGAAAUGAUUUUGCACAACCACAGCCAAUGAAGACAUUUAAUAGCACCUUCAAAAAGAGUAGCUACACUUUCAAGCAGGCACAUGAGUGCCCUGAACAGGCCCUAGAAGACAGAGUAAUGGAAGAGAUUCCCUGUGAAAUUUAUGUCAGGGGACGAGAAGAUUCUGCACAAGCGUCCAUAUCCAUUGAUUUUUAAUCUCCUACUGAAGGUGACGUGAAUUAUGAAGUAUGUACGUCUGUAGCCUACAGAGCACCCAUGCCGUUUGCAGCAGCCAACCCUUUUCUCCUGUCAGAACUAGGAAGACUUUCAUUUCCCAUUAACCUACUGUAAUGGUGAAGUUUUUAUUAUCUCAGGCAGUCUAUAUAUGUUACCCCAACCAAGGAACUUACUCCAUUCAGUAAAAAACAAAAAAUAAGCAUCUACUGCUGAGUGUCCUAGAAACAAAGCGCGAGUUACGUGGUAGCAUUUGGAGAGAGGGGCGGUGUCGCAGCUGCCUGCUGGCCUUCGCAGCAGGAAGACUGCUCCUGACUGAUACAGCUCUGUCAGUAUUUUGAUCCCACAAUAAGUUUAAAAGUAAGAUUUUUCUUCACACUGCUUUUGUUUUUUUCUUUUCUCUAAAUUUAAUUUGUUUUAUAAGCCAGUAAUUUUACCAUUUCCGUUUCUUAUAUAAAUGGUUAAUAUAUCACACAUAUUUCAAUAUAGGCAUUUGUUCUAGAAUUUGUCAAAAUAUAACUAGUUACUGUGGUAAGUGCCAGUUAAGACACAGAGUUGUGUUUCAUCCAUCUGUUACUUUUUGACUAGUUUCUCUCCUGCUGCCUUUUAAUUACUGAGUCCUUAGUCUUUAUUUUCUGUGAUAUGAUUUAGCACCUUUAAGUCAUAUUUCGUCUUAGUUAUACUAGAAAGUUUCAUAACCCUGGGAUGUAUGUAUCAUUGGCAGUUAUGACUAAAAACUUGAAAAAGAUUAGAAUUUUUAGAAAUGCUUUGAAAUUUCCCAAGUUUUAUCACAUUCAGUGAUAGCCCAUUCAUUCCUGUGAGCAAAAAAGUCAUUUAAUUCAUUUUGGGGGAGGCCAAUCAUUAUGUUUAUUUCCAUUGUUUCUCAUUACUAGAUCUGUGUUUUCUAUUAUUUUUUUAAAGAUUAUUUCCUUCCCUUUGUAUUAGUAAAUCUUAUAGCAUAUGGUAACCAAGGUUGUAUGAGUGUUAAAGGAAAAUGCCUACGAAACUGUGUAAGCCUUCAGAUUGCUUCUUACUUGGGACAAUACAUUUUUCUAGUUCUUACCAAGAGUAACAACUUCCACUUUUUUUUAAACUGCACUUUUGACCUUAUUUUUUUUUAUGGUAUAUAAACGAUAAUUUAUAAACAUGAUAUAAAAACUCAUUGUGUUUUUUUAGACUUUUGAUAUUAUUUGAUACUGUACAAACUUUAUUAAGUCAAGAUUAAAGACCUACAUGACAGAGUUCUUUCAGUGUUCACAUUAGCGGUUUUGUGUACAAAUGUGCUGUGAUGGAACUGUACACUAUAAUUUAUUGUAAAGACCUUGGUAAUGUGUACAUAAGUGUUUGUUUCCUCUUAUUGCAUUUAGUUUCUGAUAAAUUUUUCACUGUGUGAUAUUUAUUAUUCUAAAUCACUACACAUCUGAUAUUAAAAUUACAUUGUUACAUGAUUCUUCAGUCAUGUUACUUAUGGCACUGAGAUUUUGGAUCUUAAGAUAUAUAUGGAAAGGCAUCCAUUUAUUGAAUGAUAACUAAUGCAGACAUGACAUUUAAAAGGUAAAUUCUCAUUUUUGAUAUUUUUUGUAGUUAAAUUCUCAGUGAAAUGAGAGAUUAAAGUUUCACUGGAUUUCGUUGUUCUUUUUUAAGUAUUACACCUAUAUGUCUUCUCAGAUUAAUGAAAACUGUGACCUUAAAUAUGAUACAUAUAUAGUACUCCUUCAAAAUGCUUAUUAUAUCACAUUUCUUAUUUUUUAAAAAGUAUAUACUACCCAGAAGAUAGGAAAACCUACACAUAGUGUUGUCUUAAGUUUUUUUAAAGUCAGCAUAAUUUCCUGUUUUAAAAAUAUAACUUGGGAAGGUAAAAAGACUUAAUGAAUGUAGUAUUCAAUGAAGUAAUGAACCAGAGCCAGAUUAGGUAGCUGAAUUCCUUCAGUAGCUGUCUGAAUAGGCAUUUUAGGAGGUAACAUGCCAGACAACGUUUAGUAAAUCCUUGAUAUAAUAAUAACUGUGAUCUCAUUAUUAAUGAUAAUGAAAGGAAAAUUACCAUAUUUUCUAUGUAAAAUUUUAUCGAUUUAAAAAAAAACAAAUAACUGUUAAAUACACUUUUAACAUCUAUAGUAGAAAAUAAUACAAUAUGUUCAACUAGUCACUUGUAAUUGUAUUUUUAUUUUUGAGAUUUGUAUCCUACUAUCUCUUAAAAGGGCAUGAAGAGGCCUACAAAACAGAAAGCCUUUGAAGAAGACAUUUAACAUUGAAACAGCACAGAAGUACAUGGUUUCAGGCAACUCAGCAAGUAAAGCUUGGACAACAAAUUUGAUUCAAAAUUUUCUUGUUGCUAAAACAAAUGAAAUCUUUUUGUUUUUCAUAGUAGAAAAUGCAAACUUAUCUGCAAGAGGCUAGUUUUCUCUUAAACUAAAGAAAGGAGGGUCUUUAUACUGAACGACAUUUUCUCAUAAUUUAAAGAAAAUGCAAAAUACAGAGAGAGGCCAUAAUGGUAAAUCUUAACCCAGUGAAGGCACAUCUCAGUGUGGUCUAGGAACUACAGAAGGAGAUGAUCAAUAGCUUAGCCCGCCUGAGACUGGUUUAUUAUUUAUUACUCACUGAACUGUGGGUGAGUAUUCGAUCUCAUUUGUUUCUUAGUCAAACAUUUGGCCGCAUACGAUGUGAAGAGAAGAGAAUGAAGCUAAUAAAUUUUAGGCAUUAUUACCAGAAUAAUGCUAAUUGCUGUAUAUACUCUUUCAUCUUUGAGGUCAUUGAGAAAACUUUGCAGUUGUUUGCUAAUGUGAAAGCCAUAAAUUUGAGUAAGAAGAAAUUUAGCCAUCUUGUGGAAGUUACUACACCCUUCACAGAGAAUAUAGCCCCCAGUGUUAAAUGAAGAACAAAAGAGGCAAAUCUGGAGGAGAGAAAUCUUCAGUUCAGGAGCAGCAUUAGGUGCGCUUGUACAGCGCUGUGAUUUGUGGCAUCAUUGAUCCCAAAUUUAACACAAGGUAUCAGUCCCCAAGUGCCCUCAAAUUGCAGGAAAAACCUGCUAAUCGCAACAUCUAAAGUUUGUAGGAAUAAAGUAUGAUGUACCUUUUGUGAGGGGAAAUGUUCACCCCAAAGGUUUAACAAAAAGCAAAGGAUUUUCCACAUUUCAAAUCACAAAAGAGAUCAAAAACACUCUUUUACUUUGACUUGUUAACAGCUGUGUCGUGUCUUUGUCAUGUUUCAUAUGAUUAUGAGGCAUGAAAAGAACCUCCUAAAUGCCUGAACAUUUUUAUAGUUCUGCUCUUGUCUGGUGAGGUUGCUUCCUUGUUUCAGGAGUGUGUCAGCUGAUGAACAGGACAGGAAAAGCCUAGCUGGGAUAAUUCUCUAUCAGAGAAAGGUAUGCUCUCUUACAAAAUGGUGUCUGCUGUAUGGUGCAUGAUCAGAAGGAAGCUUGAGGUUUUGGUUUUUUUACGAUCCAAGAAAGAUUAUCUGCUCCAGUGUUAUAAUGAGAAGACUGAAGCCCAGAGAAGAGAAGGUAGUGCCCGCGUCUCGGAGCUAGUCCAGCACCCUUUCCUUGCUUUCUGCUAUCUCCCUGCUUUAGCUGGCUAUAUGCUUUAAAGGCUGCUCUAAACAGUGGCCCAGAUGUUUCAUGUAAGCUUGUCAAUUAUUCUGAUUUAAAAUGUAAUGUAUUCAACAGUUUUUUUCAAAGCAUUAUAUUUUACUUUUUUUCUUUAUGUAACACUUUGUUAUUCUGCAAUUUUGUUGCCAUGAUUUCUUGGCACCUGCAAAUUCUGCAAGACAGUUACUGUGAAUUCUUAAUAAACAAUGUUUGUUAACAAUUUAUACCCUUGAGGCUAGACAGAAAGAGCUUUCAGUGUUUUGUUUUUGUGAUCUUUUAUAAAUCUAAAGGAAACAAUGUAUACUCUAGAAAUUAAAACACUUGUGUGUGCUCUAUCUCUUGAGUUUGGAGAAUGAUUUGAGUUCUGAGCUAAAUAAUAUGACAAGCGGACCUCGGAUAUCUUUUUUUAGCUUUCUGCAAAAUCAGUUAUCCAUGUUUUAUAUACCUCUACUAAUAACAAACUCAUAAUUCUGAAUUUGCUUUUUUAGAGCAGCUUAUCCAUGUAUUUCUGUGGUUGGUUUAAUGACUACAAAAGCCCAAGAAGCCGACGACUGGGGUGCAUGUUUAGUGUGUACUGUAUGUAUAUUCUUUUGCAACAAUGAUCUUUCUUUUAGAGAUGAAUUUCCAGACCACAGAAGACUCCUCAUAUGCUUAACACUGGAUUUGAUACUUCACAGUAAAGAAUUUGACCCUUUGAACUGGGAAUAAAACUUGUGUUUUGAUUUCCUUGCUUGCCUCAAUUUCCAGUCUCUAGAAGUGGCAAACAAUCCUGAUUUACUUCCCAGGCAAAGUUAGCAUUUCCUAUCCAGUCACUUCCAAACUAAAAUAAUCAUAGUUAUGAUAAAAAAUAAAAGCAUCCUCAGGCUAUUGCACAAUUUUUAGUUUUCAAAUAAAUCUUCAAGUGAAGCACUUAAAUUUUAAAAAAGAAAGACAAAGAUAGUCUUAGGUUGCCUGCAGGA